AUGGUGUUCUGGAUUCUGUUACCCAUCGCAUUAGCCCUGGUGUCCUUCAUUGGAACAUGGACUGUAUAUGGCUUUGCCGUCACCUACCAACACGUGUGCCCCCUCAUUGAAUGGAGCGGCACCAACUCCUGCAGGGGGAAUGAGACGGAGAACUGCUGCCAGGUUCCGACAGUGAGUUCGAGUGGGAGGUCCGCACCAGAAAGUUCGCUUUUCACCGCCACAAUCAACGCUGCAUCCUUUCUGUUCCUGCUGUUCUGCAUAUUCCAUCACGCUCACAUUCUGGAAAGAAAUGCGUCUCAUGGCAUGCUGAGCAAAUUUGCUCUUGUCUUUGGAGUGGUGUCGGCCGUGGGGGCCUUCGCUGCAGGAAACUGCAACCCAGGUUACCUGACACUGCUGCACUUCUUGGGAGCUGCUGUCAGCUUCCUGAGCAUUUGCUUCUACACCGUCCUGCUCACUGCCCUGACGGCGAGGUGCGUCCUCACAGGGUACGAGAAGCUUCUCUACCCGCUGCGCAUCGUUUUAACAGUGAGUCAGAUCAUCGUGACCAUCUGCUACACCGUUUUGUUCGUCCAGGACAGCUACUUUUGCAACCACCUGUCUGCUGUGUUCGAGUGGAUGCUGACCAUCAACACGGAGCUGUUUGAGCUCAGCUACAUCGUGGAGUUUUACUUCUUCUCCUCCUCCAUGGUUUCGAAUCUGCUGAGCAAGCGAGAAGAGGAAAAGCCAUUGAUCCUGUCUUGAUGUGAUGCUGCCAGGGUCCAGCAGAAACACACGAGCUGAGGACGGACUGAGGGAGACAGCUGU